GCAUCUUGGUAUGGUCGGUCGCUUCCAGCUCGUAUUGGAAUUGGAGGGUAUGGCCUGACAUUAUCGAGUCUUGUAAUCGGACAACCCAUGUCAUAAGGAUGACCCCUUCACCUUUGCGACCGACACUGCCUACUUCCUUUCUCUUCCAAUCGAACAGCGUCGUCGCCAGCCUCCUGAUCCCUAAUCAACCUCAACCACAUCGAAAAUCACGAGGGAAAAGUCGUAUCUCUUCUGUCAAGAACUUCAUUCGGCUAUCUCCUUGGGCGAUAUAUACCUCCCCGACUGACACUCCUUUCUUCUCUUUCUACCUCCGCUAGCAUCAUGAUACCCUCCAACUCCCUUUUGCCACCCGCUCGUUCACUCAGCAUGUCAGCACCGCGACCCAUUAGGAUGCUUCCGCGACGGGCGAGUUUGGGAACAUGGCGUACGCUAUCUACCAUGGUACAUGCUGCUCAACAUGAGACCGGUCGUGACUUGGGACAUGCUGGUAAUGGGAGGUAUAUCCGGAUUGUCGAAGUUUCACCAAGAGAUGGACUGCAAAAUCUUCCACCUCCAGCUGUAUCAACUGAAAUAAAACGUGAGCUGAUAGAACGGUUGUUAUUGGCCGGGUUGAAGAACGUCGAGGUUGGCUCUUUCGUCCGACCGGAUCGUGUACCUCAAAUGUCUAACACUGCUACAUUGCUACCUACCCUACCAUCACCUUCAUCUCAUCAUACACAUUUAAAAGAUGUCCGAAUCCCAGAUGAUGCUGGUAUCGUCCAUUAUCCUGUUCUCAUACCCAACAAACGUGGACUCGACACCCUAUUGUCCCUGGAAGCUCAUGCCAGGGAGAAUCACCGAGAACGAUUGACGGAUGAGAUUGCAAUGUUUGUUUCAGCUACUGAAGAAUUUUCAAGAGCGAACAACGGCGCAUCUGUGGAGAAAGUCUUAGCCUCUCUCCCGUCAGUAGUGGAGAAAGCCCUUGCCAACGGGUAUAGAGUACGGGGAUACGUUUCUUGCGUCAUGUCUGAUCCAUAUGCCGGUAAAACGGAUCCUAGAGUGGUAGUACCUGUCGUUCGGAGAUUGUUAAAUUUGGGAUGUUACGAGGUCAGUUUGGGAGAUACGACAGGAGAAGGUAAUCCGGAAGCAUGGAGAGUGUUAUGGAGGACUCUACAAAGCGCCGGCGUGCCCAUGCACCAAAUAGCCGCUCAUUGUCACGACACAUUUUCCAUGGCCCUUCCUUCUAUCCUUGCCCUUCUGCCGUUAGGGUUGAGAACGAUAGACUCAUCUUUGGCUGGAUUGGGAGGUUGUCCUUAUUCUCCAGGAGCCACGGGCAAUGUUCCGACGGAAGAUGUGGUAUAUGCGUUACAUGAGAUGGGAUAUCAGACAGGAGUGGAUUUGGACAAAUUGGUCGAGGCGGGUAAUUGGGUCAGUGAGGUUUUAGGGGUGAGGAAUGAGAGCCGAGUCGGGAGAGCUAUGUGGGCUCGACGGAGGAAAAAGGAUGUAGAAGAGGGGACCGGAAUAUGAGUGUUGAUUUCCCAUCAAUACUUUGGUUCUCUUUGUUGUACGUAGACUUAAUGUAGAUUUCCGUCAACCUUUAUUCCUGCAUCCAAGUAAUUACAGAUACUUGCAAUGCAAUCAUACGCGUAAU